CUAAUGCAUGACGUUACUUCCAGUUAUAAAUAUUUCCUCCUUACCUCCUUCCAUCGGCAUAUUUUCUCUAAGAGUAGGACUCUCCUUCCCCUCCCGUUCUCCACAAUCCACAGGAGUCUUCUUCCAAAACUCUUAUCCUGCAAGAAGAGUCCAAACACAAGAAGAAGGAUAAAAACGGAGGGGUUUUGAGUUCGUAAAACGAGAGGAGGAGUUUUGUUCAAGUCUGAUGGAUGGCAUUAGCUAUGGCUUCAUCAACAGCAGCGGCACCAAGGGAUUCAUUGCUUAUCUCCUUGCCGCCUCCUCUAUAGCCAUAGCCGCCGCUUUCUUCGUCUCUAGCAAAUAUUCUUCCGAUGGAUCUCAAAGCAACCUCCUUGCUGCCUCGUCCAAGGACACCAGAGUUUGGCCGGAGCUGGAGUUGAAUUGGAGGACCAUCUUGGCGACGAUCAUUGGCUUCUUGGGCUCAGCCUUCGGCACGGUGGGCGGUGUCGGGGGCGGUGGCAUCUUCGUCCCCAUGCUUAAUCUCAUCGUCGGCUUCGACACCAAGGCUGCCGCCGCCCUCUCAAAAUGUAUGAUCAUGGGAGCGUCUGCAUCGUCGGUGUGGUACAAUCUUCGGGUAUCGCAUCCUUCGAAGGAGGUGCCGAUCAUAGACUACAACCUGGCGCUGCUGUUCCAGCCCAUGCUCAUGCUGGGAAUCACUAUCGGUGUAGAGCUAAGUGUAGUGUUUCCCUACUGGCUCAUCACUGUUCUCAUUAUCUUUCUCUUCUUGGGUACUUCAUCAAGGUCUUUCUUCAAGGGAAUUGAGAUGUGGAAGCAGGAAACCAUGCUCAAGAUGGAGAUGGAGAAGCAAGAGCAGGAGGCCAAGUCUGAAUUUAAUGGAAAUGAUGUUAUCAUUGAUUCAGAAUACAGGCCUCUACUUCCUCAGCCAGAGAAAUCAGGACUUGAUAUAUUGCUCUUCAACAUAAGGUGGAAGGGGAUCUUGGUGCUGAUGCUUGUUUGGUCCUCUUUCCUGCUCCUCCAAAUCCUAAAGAACAAUUCAGAAGUCUGCAGUCCUUUCUACUGGGUGGUCAAUAUCUUGCAGUUUCCAAUUGCCUUGAGCGUUUUUGGAUGGGAGGCAGCAAAAUUGUGGAGGGAGAGCAGGGAGAGGAGGAUGUGUGGGAACUGGGAAUGUGUUUGUGAGGCCUCCAUUGAGUUUCGUAGGUGGCAGCUGCUCUUAUGUGCCUUCUGUGGCCUCCUUGGUGGCACUGUUGGGGGACUCCUUGGUUCUGGUGGUGGCUUCAUUCUUGGCCCUCUACUGCUUGAAAUUGGAGUCAUUCCUCAGGUUGCAAGCGCAACAGCAACAUUUGUCAUGAUGUUCUCCUCAUCCCUCUCAGUUGUGGAGUUCUACUUUCUCAAAAGAUUUCCCAUUCCUUAUGCACUCUAUCUCAUUGCGGUGUCUGUGAUGGCUGGAUUCUGGGGGCAAUUCUUUGUCAGAAAGUUGAUUAAGAUUCUCAAAAGACCAUCCAUCAUCAUUUUCAUCCUAUCCUCUGUCAUCUUUGCCAGUGCUCUUACCAUGGGUGUUGUUGGAACUGAGAAGAGCAUCUUCAUGAUUAAGCAGGAUGAAUAUAUGGGAUUUCUUGACUUCUGUGAGAAAUAUUGAAAAUGAAGAAAUAUGCGGAAGAGUGUGGGUCAACACCUAGUUGACCUGAUCAUUUCCACCAUGAAUCAAUAAAGGAUUCAGAAUCCUGGAGAGUGUUAGCUCCUUGCUGACCUCCAAACCAUCUGCACUUCAAAGUGAAAUUGCUUCAUUCACCAAUUACUAUGCAAUUAUUGUAUUCAGUCAUUAUUGAUUAGUGUGUGAAUUGUGAUGUGAAUUUUGGAGCUUUGGAAAUAAGUUGCCCGAUGAUUCACUUGCAGCAUGAUCUCAUGUUAUUGUGAUUGAUUCAGAUUGAAAAGGAGAAUGAUAGUAAGUUAUACUUGAAAAUAAAUAUAAACCUAAAUAGAAGAUUAUGUUGUUGCUCU